AUGCGCCCAGAAUGGAAGAAUAGGUCUUUGGACCCAGCGAUUAGACUGCCCGAGGACGUCAUAAUAUACGGGUGUGGGGUUGUCGUGUACUUUGUGCUGCACUACAUAGUCAAGCAAGUGCUGGCUGCGCAGCUGAUAAAGCGGGUUGCAAAAGACCCCAAGAAGGUAGACGAAAGAAAGUUCACUCGGGCCCUGUGGAAGGCGUUUUGCUUUGGAGGGCUGAGCCUGUGCGGCGCCAUCUGUCUGUAUGGAGAGUCGUGGAUGCUCACGCCCCUGGGAAUAACUCUGGAGUGGCCCAACAACGAGACGCCCUCCAAGGUCAACAUAUACUAUGUAAUCGAAACUGUCUAUUACACAGGGAGCUUCAUCACAAUGUUCCUGGAGGAAAAACAGUCUGACUUUUAUCUGAUGAUUUGGCACCACUUUGCCACGCUGGUUCUGGUCGGGUUUUCGUACAGGUACAACUUCCUUCGCUAUGGAGUGUUUAUUAUGUUCCUGCACGACAUUUCAGAUCCCUGGAUGGACUCGGCCAAAAUAGCUGUGUAUUUAGGCCACCAAACGCUUGGAAACAUCAUGUUCAUUAUAUUUGCGUUCAUGUUUAUCAUUCCUCGCAUCUUUGUGUACUUGGUGAUGAUUCUGAUACCGGGAUACGGAUUCCUCUGGGAGUUUGGAAGUAAGCUGCUCGUCCCUAUUUGGGGGCUGCUUCUGGCAGUGUUCGUGCUGAACGCAUACUGGUCCGUGCUCAUCGUUAGAAUGGCGCUGGAGUUCAUUAAGAAGGGCCGGGUAGAAAAAGACAUUCGAGACAUUGCGCCAAGCAAGAAGGCAGUGGCCGGCAAGAAAGAGGCGAAGGCCGCGAAGAAGGCGGUGAAGAAGGCCGAGCAGAAGGCAAAGAAAGUGAAGUAG